AUGUCAUGUCCAUUGACCUUUACCUUUGCUAUUUCCUUGGAUGCGACCUCCAACACAACGACUCUUCUGUGGAGUACCAUCCUCAAGGAAGCCCAAAUUACGGGAAGGUCACUCUUUGAAGAAGAUCAACGCACCACAGUCAACGCAGAAGUUAAUGCUGCCCGCAAGGACACAUUGGUCAACCACAAGCAGCACGUGGGGCUUUUGAGGUCAAGGUUGAAAGCAGAGUGGGAGGAGUUAGGAGAUCGUCAAAAGGAGUGGGGAGAGAAAGCGAAGAUGAUGAAAUCCGCCGAACAAGACGGGCUUCUCUAUCGUGAUGCCAACUAUAAGAUUGGUAAUGCUCAUUUCCAUGUCCUCAUUGAUGUUACAGAUGAAGGGCUCGCUCAGAUCCCAUUCAAAGCUUUCAAUGAGGAGUAUGCCAAGGUCACUGAGUCGUGGCUAGAAUGCUCUUGUGCUACUGUAUCCCUUAAUCGCUCGCUCAGUACCCAAAAAGAUAGAGUGGAAUUCACGCUCGAUUCUAUGGGUAUUCCUAUCUUUCCACCCAUUUCAGAGAACACAACUACUCCUGAUGAGCUUCGGCGAACUCUGAUCGAUUUCGUUCAGGCUCAGUGGGAACAUACGCACAUGCAGGAUUUUCUUUCCAUCAAAGCUGUACCAGACAUCCUGUGGACAGACCAUAACUUCACUUCCUAUCUUGCACUGUCAAUCACUACCAUUCCAAAUCCAUCAACAGCCACCAUCACAUGUCUUUAUGAGCUUUUGUCGAUGAUUAAGGCUCACCAGACCGAUAACUCUGGCGUUACCCUCUUUUCUAUCCAGAAAAGCCUCUCUACGCCUACACCCCAGUCCCCACUCCCAACACCACCAUCCCCCCCUCCUCAUACAUCAACUUCUCGACCAUCCUCGCAGACAUCCGCCAACGCGACAAUGCAGCUGUCCCAAACUGCCACGCCACCACAGCCACAGUUACCAACGAAGACACCGCCACUACUGCCAUUGCUACCACCUGCUUUGUCACCACCACAUUCCACGCAAUGUUCAGCCAAUGCGGGAGAUAUCCCUCAACUACCGCCACCAGCUUUAUCACCACCUCGUUCCCCACACCGCUUGGCUGAGUCUCAACCACUGCCACCACCGUCUUCACUGCAAUGUUCAGCUAAUGCAGGGGAUGACUCGCAACUACCACCACCAGCAAACUCACUGCCACACUCCCCAUCAGCUCUGGCCAAUGUGGAGUAUGACCCCCAACCACCACCAUCUCCGCUCACACCUGCUCCAAGCAUUCGGAGCACAUCACUGACUCCCCCACACGAUCAAGACCUGUUGAAACAACAUCGCAUCAAGGUAGGCAGAAAGCGCAAGAUCGGCAAUAAUCCCAAAGGCAAUCCCGCAUGCUCAAAAAAAGUGAAAUUGACCAAUGCCGAUGAUAUCGUGCCUGUUGCACCAUCACGGAGGAGUACGCGUUGCAAGGGCAAGCAAGCAGGAUCAGCUUUACUGAGCUCCAGCGUUAAGGCCCCGAAACCUGCGUUGACCCAGACUGGAAAGCCAGCAAAAGGAUGGAUGGCUGAAUAUGAAAUGUCUGACGUGUGGGACAUUGAAAUGUUUAAUCAAACUCCAUGA